AAAAGAAUGGCAGUGAUCAUCUAGAUUAGCGUAGCGGUGACCUGGUAAUGCCUUAUCGCAAAUCUGUAAAUAGCAUUUGUAUGUUUACCAGAUGAGCUCCACAUUCAUAGCCGGCAGCAAUAAGUUUAUUCAUCGGGUUAGCUCGCUAUAAAAUGAGUAUACUUUGAAGCGUAUUAAUUAUAAGUUCAAGGUAAACCUCUUCGAUUAUCAGUAAAAUCGCACUGCAUUCCAUGCAUCACCUAAGAGAGGCUAGGGUAAAUACCAUAAAUACACAUGAAUAUAUGUCGACAUAUUUUGAUGUUCUUCUGCAGUAUAAGACUAUCGUCUAUAUAAAGUGGUACGCUUAUAAGACCAAGAUAUUAGUUGUACCUUCUACGACAUCUAGGAAAGUUCAAAAUGCUUGGCAAAGACAUUGUUCCUAAAGCAUGUCAACAACUAUUGGUGUUCCUUAGCCUAUGUGUCUGGUCAGCUGUUGCUCUUGAGGAAAUGCUUGAACAACCAAUUCGGCAUCCCGAUUGCCCUCUUUUCGAUGAUCCACUGCAUCCAUUACAAUUGCCUAACCCCACCGAUUGUAGAAAGUAUUAUAUAUGCAAAAAUGGUUACGCUUACCCCAUGUAUUGUGAAGACGGAUUUCUUUGGAGUAUUCAGACUUACCAUUGUGAUUACCCUACCAAAGCCAAAUGUGUCGGCACCAUUCCCAAUGAAUUCUAUCCAACAAGUAUAACCGAUGGCGGAGCUUUUCCCAUAUCAGAGAAGAUUAUAUACAAACAAGAUGCAACAGACUGUAACAAGCUCUACAAAUGUGUACCGAUGCGAUGUCCAUCAUAUCUUUAUUGGAAUUCCGUGUUAGAGCAAUGCGAUUCACCACAAACUGCCAUCUGUGAAAAUCCUACCUACAUAUGGCCACAAACUCCAUACAUAACUGAUAUGAUACCGACUGAGGCAGCACGGCCAUCAAUUCCAAAAGCCGAACUAGGGCCAGCUUCACAGUAUUCAAUUAACGACAUCGAACAGAGCGAAUUGAGGGCCUUAUGCAGAACGCCGGGCGUAGACUAUGUAAGACACCCCUUCGACUGCCACAAAUUUAUUCAAUGCGAUGGCUUCGCAUCGGUGCAUACCUGUGGCAACGGUCUUUUAUGGAAUUCCGAAGUUAUGGCUUGUGACCGCUAUUGCAAAUAAGCUUAGAGUUAUAAUAUAUUUUAUUUUGUUACACUAAAGAUAAAAGCUUUAUUACAAUACAUUUUGUACGAGUGACCAGCAAUAUUAUAAUACGAAUACUCUCAUUUACGCCCGAGGAAACCCUUUUUUGUAAAUAUUUUGGAGGAAACAUGGACAGCGAGAAUAUAUUAUAAUAUUCGUACAUUAUUAAGUAUUCUUUCAAUAAUAUUCGCUUAGAUUUUUUGUAAAGAUAACGACUGGCUUUUUACCCAGGACGUCUUUGAAAAAGG